UACACCAAAAAAUCCCUGUUGCUGACAGCCCGUUUUCGGCAUUUAUCGGAAUCGAAACUUGAUGUAAGGCAAGUCAACUUCCUCGUCAGUUUCCUUGUCGUUGGCAAUUACUUCCAAGAUAAGAAACAAUUGAUCCUCGGGAAACUCCUUUUUGGUAAUACUGGUAAUCACGUCAGUCAUCUUCAUUGCCUUUCGUUCUUCCACUUUCUUCUUAUUGGCAAAGAAACUGUAAAGAAUCGAAACACCAUAAGAAAGCAUUGAGAUUUCCAAGUUGUACUCAUUCUCGAAGUAAUCCAUAAAUUCUGCCAACGUUAUGUUUCCCACGUUGACGUCCAAGGAGUCCCAAGCAGUCCAAUUCCAUUCCUUGCCUUUCAGCACUGCCUUUGUAGCCUUGGGUCCUGUUGGCUCGCUCAAAGUCAUGAAAGGAACAGCCAAGUUCAAAAACCCAUUCUUGUACGACUCGAUGGUAGUCGCCUUGCGCGGUGAUCCGAUGAUUUUGUAUAGUUCCAUGCAAAUCAAUCCUGUCACCAAUGCGGUCGUGGUAGCAAUCGCUGGAAUGAUUCUGCCAGCAAUGGCACGCGACCUGUGUGUAUCCUCGGUGGGAAUCGAGUAAUUCAAGGCGCGCAAGUUAGAGCAAGCCGUCACAAAUAACAUGUGGUCGUCAAGAUCCUUGUCAAAAUCAAUAGGAGUCAACUGAAAGCCUGCAAGAUCGGCUUGUUUCGGAAGGGAUUCCAAUAUCGUUGUAGCUUCUUCGUCAUCGGUGACCAUGCUAUCCUGGUUCGCCUUCGCUUCUUCGUCGUUAGCGGCAAUCUUUACACCAGAUUUGGGAGUAAAGUCAGGAACAAUGAUAUCCUUGAUUGUGGAUUCAAAGUAAUCCUUGUCGGUACGCCCUUUAAUACCGUACAUGGUGGCUCUCAGAUUAGCCGCAGCCACAAUGAAGUCAAGAUGGUUCGUCAUCUGGGCAUCUUCACACUGCGAAUUCAAGUCAAAGUUGAUUGCAACUGGGCAACGCUUCGAACCAGACCAAAACUUGGUCCCAGUGGAAGUCACCUGAUCCUUCGGAAAGUUAUGCAAAAGCUGGCGAAUUUGGUUAUUGAAAAGUUCCUCGAACUUCAGACGCGCCCAAGUAACACAAUCUUCGAAUGUGACAGGACGUUCAUCAACCAGAGUUCUUCGGAUACUUUGCAUCGUUUCAUUUCUGUUGUUGGGUUGUAGACUAGCUAGGUAAUCUUCGGGAGAUUGACUCAGAUACGCAUUGACAUCUUCGGCUGCUUGCUUAAACUCGCCCUCAAAGUAAUCUCUAGCCCAUUGCAAUGUAUGCUGGAUUUGGUUGGGGAAAUUCUUCAACGUGCAAACAGGAAUUGAUUUCUCUGGAGGAUCACGAGUGGCACCAUAGUUUUCAGUUACACCUGGGACGACAACUUGAGUGUUACCCUUCGUUCCCAACGUUCCACUUUCCAACAUGGGAAGUCGAUAAAAGACACACCGUUGAUCAACAUACAAACGAGCUUCGACAUUAUCGAGAGCCGUACAUACUCCGGAUAAUUUAUCAUAAAACUUAUCACUAAAGAUGUGUUCCGUGUCGGGAGCAACUUUUUCUUGCAGGGCCGUAAUCUUGAUGUUGGGGUUCAUCUCCUGUACAGCACGGGCUGCGGAGGAAGACUUGAAGUGGUUGAUAUCCUUGCUGCGGAAAAGAAACUGGCGGGAUAAAUUCGAUUUCUCAAUACGAUCCAUGUCCGUUACAGUGAUAUGUCCGUUAGGUCCACAUCCAACACCCUGUUUCCAAAAAGAGGCAUCAAAAAAUGAAAAAAUGAGAUGAACAAUUUUGAAGGAAAAUGAAACAUAUUUUUGAAGAAACUCUGCCAAGUGACCUACCAUCAAAGCCCAGUUUUUCAGCAUUUCGCAUCCAAUCGCUCCAGCUCCGACGAGGAAAUAAUUUAGGUCCAGAAUCUUUUGUUGGAUCUCCUUUCCGUAACAAGCGAUUUGAGAAUCGUAGCGCGAACCAUCAUUCUGGGCAGCAACUUCAUCGGCAGGCAAAAGUUCGUCUGGCAAGGUUUCGUCGGCGUCCAAGAAAAAGAACCCGUUGAUCGGAGAGAAUUUCCCGCUGCAUGCCUUGAGAACUUCCUGUCCAACAAUACCACCAAGGGCGGCACACAUGGGACUUAGAACUGCUUUGGCACCGGAGGCGAGUUGAAGCACGAUGCGUUCUUGAGCUGCUACCAAUGCAUCUUCUCCAGCUGCGGCAAGCGCUGCAUUCACAAUAUCCACAACCUUUUUGCAGGCAUCGACAUCUCCCGGAGUAGGAUAUUCACCGGCAUUCUCAGAACGAUACUCUUCUAACGCUUGAAAGCUCUUAUGCAACAAAGGAGGACGAUCGAAUUUAGCAAAGUCGGACAUCAUGCACUCUCCCAUGUCCGCCAAUCGCUUCUCGUAGGUUUCAAAAGCAAUCGUGACGGGUUGCUUGACUUGGGUAAUAUACCCUUGCUGGGGUUCUCCUGGAAUAGUGAUUGCUUUUCCGGCAUCGCAUUCAAUCUCGAACAUGUAAGGCCCCGUUACCUUGACCUUAUAGUUCUUGUUCGUUUCCAACCCUGGGAGGCCCUUGAGUCGAGCAAGAGUCACUAGGUCCCCGGUUUCUAGCCCAUGACGGCCUUGAUCCUCAAGGACUUUGACCACGACCUUGUUAUCUUCCUCGAAAACGGAUUCGAUCUGUGAAGUAGCAGGUGGGUUCCCAUCCUUAUCACUGCAAACAAAGGAAGCUCCAAAAUCGCAAAAAACUUUUCCGAAGGCGCCGCAAGACAAGGAGUAGAUGAAGGACGCAUUUACCAAGCGGCAUUUUUCGUUCAAUGCUACCAGCAAUUCCUUGCUGAGAGGAAUAGUGAUUACCAAGCAGGUGAUACCCGUAUCCAAUAGAGGAAGCAACUGCUCUGCCGUAAGGGCGGUCACUUCGGAGGCAACGCUAACGUUCACGUAAGGGUUCAAUUCCGCCAAGAGCGGUCGGCAAAUAUCCGCACGACUGAUGCCUGAGUUUACAUCUUCGGGCUUCAAGUAAAAAUUUCCACCGAGAUCGUAUGUGUUGGGAGGCAAGGGAUCAACCAAGACCAUGGAAUGGAUUCCAGCAAGAAUACAAUUCUUGGCUACUUCGGCACCGAGGCCCGAGCAUCCAACCAGCAAAGCUUUGGAGGCCAUCAUGCGACGCUGUGCCUCGUGCCCCAUUACAUAAAGUUG